AUGUACAAUGGGAGAUGGAUGGGGGGAGAUGGAUGGUUUUUGGCAACAACGUCUUUUACUUCUGCGGCUGACUGCCAAACAUUCCUUCUACAAGCUGUUAAGUCCGCAUUCCCCACUAAAAUGUCCUCAGAAACAACUACGUGUCCUGGCUGCGACCACCUUUUUUCACUCCGAGGUUAUCAACACCAUCUAGCUCUCACAAAAGACCCUCUUUGCCGUGCCAUUUUCGACAAACUUAAGAAAGCAAAUGAUGCUUACGAACUGCUCAUGAGUGCUGGAGGGCAAUCAAGUUCAGGUGCAGGCCCAGACACAGACGCCAUGCCGUUCCAAGGCAACGCUUUUGGAACUGCUGAAGACUAUGCAUCCGAUCUGUUCAGACAGGACAACAGAGUUCAACCUGAUGACCUGCCACCUCUGAUGGAGGUAUCUGACGAUGAAGACGACAACAAAGAAGACGAUGAUGAAGAAGACAACAAAGAAGACUCAGAACUGGCUAACAUGGUUGCGGAAUUGGAGAAAAGUUGGGACCACAUUGAGAGGGGGCCCCCCAUCAGGAAGCGCUUCAAACGCGUCAUCCAAGUUCACUCUGUUGUAUCCAUCCACUUGCGAGGGCGCCGUGAAUAUACAAGUGUAGAGGAGGAAUAA